AUGAGUACACCUUUCGGUUUAGAUCUAGGUAACCACAACAGUGUUUUGGCCGUGGCCAGAAACAGAGGUAUCGACAUUGUGGUAAAUGAAGUGUCGAACCGCUCCACACCAUCCAUGGUUGGAUUUGGACAAAAAAACAGAUUUUUGGGUGAAGCUGGUAAGAACAAGCAGACCUCUAACAUCAAGAACACCGUGGAGAGUUUGAAGCGUAUUGUUGGAAUGAACUACGAUGAUGCUGACUUCGAAACUGAGAGCAAAUACUUCCAGUCCAAGUUGGUCAAGCUUGACGACGGGAAGAUCGGCGCUCAAGUGAGACUCGGCGGCGAGCAAAAAGUGUUCUCCGCCACCCAGCUUGUGGCCAUGUUCAUCAACAAGGUCAAAAACACCGUUGUCGAGGAAACCAAGGGUAAAAUCACGGAUGUGGCCAUCGCUGUUCCAGCGUGGUACUCCGAGGAACAGCGCUACGCGGUCGCUGACGCUGCCAGAAUCGCUGGUCUCAACCCUGUGAGAAUCGUGAACGACGUUACCGCCGCUGCCGUGACCUACGGUGUCUUCAAGAGCGAGAUGCCUGAAGGUGAACAGAAGCCAAGAAUCGUCGCUUUCGUCGACAUUGGUCACUCCACCUACACUUGCAGCAUCGGUGCUUUCAAGAGAGGUGAGAUGAAGAUCCUCGGUACCGCUUACGACAAGCACUUCGGUGGUAGAGACUUUGACCGCGCCAUCACCGAGCAUUUCGCAGAUGAGUUCAAGACCAAGUACAAGAUCGACAUCAGAGAAAACGCCAAGGCCUACAACAGAGUUAUUACCGGCGCCGAGAGAUUGAAGAAAGUGUUGUCUGCCAACACCGCUGCUCCUUUCUCCGUCGAGUCCGUCAUGAAUGACGUGGACGUUUCUUCGCAAAUGAACCGUGAGGAAUUGGAAAGCUUGGUUGCACCUCUUUUGGAACGUGUCACCGACCCAGUCACCAGAGCGUUGGCCGAGGCUAACUUGAAGGCCGAAGAUGUCGACUUUGUUGAAAUCAUUGGUGGUACCACCCGUAUCCCAUGCUUGAAGAACGCCAUCUCUGAGGCUUUCGGCAAGCCAUUGUCCACCACUUUGAACCAGGACGAGGCUAUCGCCAAGGGUGCUGCUUUCAUCUGCGCCAUCCACUCCCCAACUAUGAGAGUCCGCCCAUUCAAGUUCGAAGAUGUUCACCAAUACUCUGUCUCGUACUCUUGGGACAAGCAGGAAGAGGACGAGGACCACCUAGAGGUUUUCACCGCCGGUUCUCAAUUCCCUUCCACCAAGUUGAUCACUCUGCACCGUACUGGUGACUUCUCCAUGGAAGCUAAGUACACCAACCCAGAAAAGCUACCCGCCGGUAUUCCAACACACAUCGCCAAGUGGAACAUCACGGGCGUGAAGGUCCCAAGUGGACAAUCAUCUGUUCCUGUCAAGCUAAAGCUAAGAUGCGACCCAUCUGGCUUGCACAUCAUUGAGAGCGCUUACUCUGUGGAAGACAUCGAAGUCGAAGAGGAGGUUCCUCGUGCCGCAGAUGCCCCAGAGGAUGCUGAGCCUGAGUACAAGAAGGUCACCAAGACUGUCAAGAAGGACGAUCUAGCAAUUGUUGCGCACACCUUCGCACUACCAGAAGACAAGUUGAACGAACUAAUUGAAAAAGAAAACGAACUAUUUUCUCAAGACAAACUUGUUGCCGAGACUGAAGACCGCAAGAACGCCUUGGAAGAAUACAUCUACACUUUGCGUGGUAAGCUUGACGAAGACUAUGCCAGCUUCGCAUCUGACGACGAGAAGACCAAGCUAAAAGACAUGUUGGCCAAGGCUGAAGACUGGUUGUACGAAGACGGUUACGACUCUACCAAGGCUAGAUACAUUGCCAAGUAUGAGGAAUUGGCCUCUUUGGGUAACAUGAUCAGAGGCAGAUACCUAGCAAAGGAGGAAGAGAAGAAGCAAGCUCUCAGAUCUAAGCAAGAAUCGGAAAGAAUGGCCGAGCUAGCUGAGAAAUUGGCAGCUCAAAGAAAGGCGGAAUCUGAAAAACAAGAAGAAACCCCAAAGCCUGAUGCCGAAGGCGACAUCGAUUUGGAUUAA